CCAGCACUUUACGUUUCCAAUCACCGGCAUGAGAGCGCUAUAUUAUCCGCCCACACCGAUGGACGAGGAGUCGACCAGUGUUGGCCUUGGCGCCCAUGCUGACUUUUCAUGGCUGACGCUGGUCCUGCAAGACUCUGUGCCUGCUCUGGAGGUCCUCAACCAAGACGGUCUGUGGGUCGAUGCGCCUCCCCAGCCAGGCACAUUUGUUUGUAAUGUCGGCCAGUACCUAGAACGGCAAUCGAACGGCAAGUUUCCAGCCACCGUCCAUCGGGUUCGCAAUCGCACGGGAAAUCAGCGCUAUUCUCUGCCGUUUUUCCUGACUAUGGAUCCGGAUGUUGACUUGGAAGUGCUCGACUGCUGUGUCGACCCCGGGGAGAAACCCCGCUUCGAGAGUAUCAAUGUUGGAGAUCUCUAUAUCAGGAGAGUAUUGCCGGCUAGGAGGAAGCAUCCUACGAGUAUCAAGUUCAGUGGGGUGCCACAGGAAGAGCUGAAGUAUGAGAUGCUUUUGAGUUAAACAGGUUGGCAAUGGUUAUACUUAUUUGCAAUCAUGGUCUGGUCUUACAUGCCUUGGCGCUCUCGCAUAGAUCAAUAUCAU